AUGGUUCCGCCGACACACACACUCUCACACACUCACGCAGGCAGCGCUCCUGUGGCAGCGCCCGAACUAAGAGAGGAGGAGGAGAGGGAGGAGGAGAGGGCGGAGGAGAGGGACGAGGAGAGGAGGGAGGAGGGAGGAGAGGGAGGAGGAGAGGGAGGAGGAGAGGGAGGAGGAGAGGGCGGAGGAGAGGGACGAGGAGAGGAGGGAGGAGAGGGAGGAGGAGGAGGAGAGGAGGAGGAGAGGGAGGAGGAGAGGAGGGAGGAGAGGGAGGAGAGAGAGGAGGAGGAGAGGGAGGAGGAGAGGGAGGAGAGAGAGGAGGAGGAGAGGGAGGAGGAGGAGAGAGAGGAGGAGGAGAGGGGCUGA